GAAGGUCAAAUGGCAUAUACCCGACUUUUAUGUCAAGAAAUUAAAUCUGUAUAUUCAUGCAUAUUCCUUGUCAUCUAUUAAAGAUAAGUAA